GCUGCUGACCGCGACUAAGCACCGACGCUGAGGCGGCUAGUUUCGCUUACGUGCAACAACGGGACGAGGUGCUCCAGCGGGAGACACAGGGACACCUGACGUCGCCAACUCCAACGGCAACGACUGCUUCGCUCCCGCUCGGCUCGGCUGCCUGCCUGCCUGCCCUGCCGCUUGACUGCCCCCCCCCCCCCCUUCAUUUUACAUCGGAUCAGCGCGGCCAAGCUCCCACGCCUGAGGGGGAGGGAGCCGAGCGCGCCCGGCAGCGUUCGGGUGGUUGAGGAUCUGACGUACUACCUCUUCUGAUCCCGGAACUACCAUCAUGGAGAGAGGUGCACCAGGACAGCGUGAACGUGUGGCCGCAGCGCCGGGUCAGCUCGGGGCAGGCUUGGCCGCUCCUGGAGCUCCACCGCCCCUUGGUCGAGGACGAGGAAGGACAGCUGCCAGACGGGACCCGGGCGCAGACGGAGCAGCGCGUGGACCAGAUGAACCUGCUCCGAUGGGAGGUCGUGGUCGAGGAGGCCGACCUGGCGCGGAUCCUCAAGAAGGUGGGCAAGUUGGUCAGGCUGCCCGGCGUCGGAGGAGUCCGGAGCGCUAUGAGGACAACGCUGGUGCACCAGGACAGCGUGAAGGUCUCGCCGCAGUGCCGGGUCAGCUCGGGGCAGGCUUGGUCGCUCCUGGAACUCCACCGGCCCUUGGUCGAGGACGAGGAAGGACAGCUACCAGACGGGACCCGGGCGCAGACGGAGCAGCGCGUGGACCAGAUGAACCUGCUCCGAUGGGAGGUCGUGGUCGAGGAGGCCGACCUGGCGCGGAUCCUCGAGAAGGUGGGCAAGUUGGUCAGGCUGCCCGGCGUCGGAGGAGUCCGGAGCGCUAUGAGGACAACGCUGCGACGAUGGACGCGUUCCCCGACGAGUUGCUGCUCGAGGUGCUGGGCCGCAUCGACAACGACGCCCUGACGCUGCUCGACGUGGUCCCGCUGGUCUGCAAGCGCUGGCACCGCCUGUCCCGGGACCCCGGCGCCUGGAGCAGCGUCACGGUGUCGAUCGUAGGCUGCUCGUACUUCGGCGGCCGCGGCAAUGGGAAGAGGCAUGUGUACCACCACGACGAAAUGUUGGAAGCAGCGCGCAUCCUCCUCCACGCGCCUGCACUGCGUCGCGUCUGCUUCGAAGGGUACGGCGGUGCCUUCUCGUGCCCCAACGACGCAGAGGCCAUGGCCUCUGCCCUGGUGCGCUCACGAGCUGAGGUCCGCGAGAUCGAGUUUCCGCAGCCCCAUAUUCCCGACUAUAUUUGGUACCCCAGCGACCCUCUAGACGACAUGAGUCCGGAAGAUCUUUCCCAACUUGUCGAUUUCUUGUGGAGGAACAGAAGCCACGUCCGGUAUCUGAAGCUGGGUCAAAUGCUGCGGGCGGGAGAGCCGGUGCUGCGCGCCUUGGGGCAGUGCGAGAACCUGGAGGAGCUGCACCUCAUGCUGCCUGACCCUAAUUACUUCCGGUACCAGGGUCAGCUGGGAGGACGACGGCUGCCGAAGCUCAGACGCCUCACGCUCAACUCCUGGUACAAUGUGGACGGCUACCGCGCGUUCCUUGAAGACCUCGUCGGCUGCGUGGCCCAGUCUGUGCGCCACGUGCGCUGCGAGGAAUCGUGCGAGUCAUCCGAGGACGUACUCUCCCAGCUGUCCCGGUGCGUGGAGCUUCGGAGCCUGCAUUGCGGUUUGGCCUUAGUUGCCUCGGCCAGGACGCAGACCAAGCUACGCAGCCUGUCGCUGGGGAUUUACGACAAGGACCCGUAUGAAGACCCGCGCAUUUCAUUUCCAUACGGGGAAAAGGACCAGCAGGGAGUGUGGUCCGCCGCAGAGCGCGCCCUGCGCGCGUGCGGCGAGCUGCAGGCCCUGCAAGAGCUGCGUCUGGAUAUAGAUGAUUGCUAUGGCCAUGACAGCCAGGCCCUGGCCAUGCUCCUGGCCACGGUCCUGGCCACCCUCGCCACCAAGGCCACCAACGUGAGGCACCUUUCCCACAGCGGCAUGCUGAACCGGCAGCUAUGCUGGUCCGGGACUAUGCUGGGCUUUUUCAAGGCCCUGCCCCGGCUGGAGUCCUUGCACAUCGACUACUUCCGGUUUGACUGCCUCCCUGACUUGGCGGAGGUCGCCGGCUUGAAGAGGGUUUCGGGGCAAGUGACGUAUCGGAAGGGCGAGGCGGACGUCUGCCGGGACGCCCUAGAGCAGUUCAAGCGCGCGCGGCCUGAGGUGGAUUGCCAGCUCACCGAGCACGAGUCUCUCUAUUGAGGUCAGGCAUUGACUUCUUUAUCAAGCUACAAGAUUGUCCUAUUUCGCCAUCUUCUUAUUUACGGCUUUUUACAGUGCUCUUCUGGUUAGUUGAAGUGACCCUUAAAAAAUAAAUGUGAUUUGAAUUAUCCUGAA